CGUGCAUUACCUCUCCUAGAGUAUUUUAGCGUUUAAUAAAGACCUAAUUAUUUCCUUAAGAUAGAGUGUAUUAAAUUUAUUUAAAUAUGCCACUAGAGUCGAUUGUAGAUCCUACUGUAAUGAUAAAACCAUCUAAGAAAUUGACAGAUUUCAUCUUGUACAAUGUAAAAGACACAGAUGGUGCACCGGAUGGCAUCACAUCCUUGCACAGCAAAUCAAAAAAAUUCAAAAAAGAGAAGAUUUCAAAUGUCACGUUAAAAAUCGAGGAUCUCAGAUGGCUGAACAAGUAUCUGAAAGAGAACAGAAAAACUGCAACGAAAAAAAUCUACCUGCACGAACUUUUCGAUGAUUCUGAUGUAAUAUUACCGACGCCAAAGGAGACGCCACGAAAUCCAGAAUUGGAGGCCAGAAUACAAAAAUUAGCGGCGCAACAAAACAACAGAGAAUAUCAAGCAAUGACGAAAAGUAUCGAUUCUUCGCGAAAAUUCCUACCGGAAGACAGUGUCGCGUAUCAAAUGAAGCAGAUAAACAAGCAACUGAUCGCCGUCGCGCAAUUUGUAUUUUCUGUGAUAGCUGGCUUCGCUUUUGGUUUCAUUGGAGUAGAACUAAUAGUCGGGGACCUAGACUUCGGGUUUAGAUUACUCCUAGGUAUAAUUUGCGCGCUAAUUAUAGCAUUGGCCGAGAUCUAUUUUCUAGCUUUAAAAUUAAAUGAGUACGGUUUCGAUGUCACAUCCAAAUCGACAAAAUCACAUCAAGACUAACGUUCCAAGUUUCCAGUUCAGUCGUUCCAUUAAUGAAUAUAUGUUAUAGCAAAAAUAUAAUCUUAAAAUGCUAAUAUAAAGCAAUACGUAAGCUACUUUUGCUAACUUUGUAUUGUACAAAAAUUUGUUAAAUGUACAUCGCUCGCCUACGAUUAUAUAUACAACAUUCUUAAAGACCAAAUAAAACGAGAUA